CUUCCACAGCGAUAUCACUAAAUAUUACUAGAACUUCUUCCUCGACGUCUCUCAAUUUAUUUUUUAACCUUUCGCAAAUCGUACGUUGCCCAUCGCGAGUGAAUGAAGGACUUUUUUUUUGCUUUUUCGAAAAAUGUGCUUGUGGUGAUUUUCGGUGAGCGUUUGAGAACUAUGUUCGCAAAGUUUUCUCCAAUUUUCGCUCGAACAGUCGAACAGUGAUAUGUGCAGAAGAUUAUGCGAAAACGUGUCGAUGGUGACGGUGAUCGCAAUGAAAGUCAAUAAACUGUGAUGGAUAAGAGAGAGUAACAGUCGGAGUGGUAUUAAUAAAUUAGUGUCUAGUUGCUACAAGCAACGACAGUGCAAACGGCAACAGUAGCAUCAACAGAAGCCGAAGAAAUAAAAAAUUGAAGACACGAAAGCGGUCACGAUGACGGGGACCAUGAUGGACGGCCAUAAACACUGGAUUCUUUCUUUCGUGAGCUGUCGGAGAAUUUAACACUCUGAAGAUCAUCGCAAGAGCGAAUUCGAAGCGAAUCGUGUAGAGAAUCGGUGACCGGGUGGCAAUCGUGUACGAGGAUGAAGGCAGCGUAGAAAAGGGUCGUUUGCGACCGUGGAGGAGAGAAGAAGGUGGUUGAAGACACAACGAGAGAAUCGCGCAAAGAAGAGGAGGAGACGUGACGUGACGUGACGGUGCAUGGCGGCGUGUGCACACGCGUGUCGCUCGUGUGGGAUCGGAUUAUCGUUGUGUGCCAGUGCGAAAGAAGACAAUUGACUCGUAGCCGCCGCCGUCGUGCUUGCCGGGGGCCUUCUGACGUCACAUCCUGUCCUCUUGGGCUAGUCGCGAUCUCGUUUGGACCACGGCACAUCAAGGGAAACAAGAACGAUGAGCGACCACAAAAAAUGGAUCUUCAAGAUCCUCUUCUGGAUGAAUAUCUACACAACGAUUUUAGCAAACUUAACGGACUCCUCAGAAAUCGAUCUGUCCGAUGAAAUGGAUUUAUUUACCACCACGAAGAGAACGUUUCCCGACAGGUGUCUCGUUAAAACUGAACCAGGCCCGUGCAAACAGUACGUUCACAAGUGGUGGUUCAACAAGACUGAAGGAAAAUGUAGAACUUUUCCUUACGGUGGCUGUCUGGGAAACGAGAAUCGUUUCAACUCGGAAGCUGAGUGUCUUCAUUAUUGCGUGGGUGGUCCGGAACAUACUUUGCCACCAUAUUUAGUGACAAAGGGAAGCGUAUUUGUGACGAGCACAGCAACCACAAACACACUGCCUGCAACCACCGCCAUUACGCCACGGCCGACGUUCGCGCCGCCUGAACCAACAAAACCACCUGUGCCAAAGUACAAAAGAGGAAAGGAGCUAACCUUUAUGGAGUCAGGGUAUGAAAAGACCUUUAUGUUCGCGCAGAGCAACACGUUCAUUCAGCUUGAUGGUAGUGGUAUCAAACCGUUUCAACUUAGGCUAUGUCGUGAAAUAUCCUUCAAAUUCCGAACAAAAUUACCGCACGGUCUGCUAGUAUACCACAGCGUGAAGGAUCGCCCAGAAAGUUUAGACCCGUACGCAUUAUACGUGAUCGUCGAAAAAGGGCAACUAAAAGUGGUCCACGUGUUCGGAAAACGGUCAACGAGUUUGACAGUCGGAGAAGGAUUGAAUAGAGACGAAUGGCACAGUGUUCUGGUGAGAAUUGACGUACAUGGAGCGAAAUUGAUUGCUAGAGUGGAUGAUAAACAGGAAGAGACGACGUUGGAGGUUCUGGAACACGUGGUUAAUUAUGGGGUUUCUGAGGAACUUGCUUCUGUCGUCCUUAUUGGAGGUUUAAGUUCCGAGGAACGAUUACAUGGCGUGAAGUACAUAAUAGAAUCCUUCGUGGGUUGCAUAAGAGAUAUGGUUCUUAGUUCAGGGAAAUCAGCGAGUGAUUUAUUGCCGAUUCAGCCAUUGAUUGCGACGAAACACGAAAACGUGAAGGAAGGCUGCAUAGAUAAGUGCAGAACGCGAGAGAACCUUUGCUUCAUCUCGAACCAGUGUGUAAAUCACUAUAACAGUUUAACUUGCGACUGCUUCGGAACCAAGUAUGAAGGCGAACGUUGUGACGUGUAUACGGCCACCAUUUUGACGUUGAGAGGAUCCUCGUACGUUUCCUUCCGGGUUUACGAUUGGAAGGACAGAGUCCACUCUUCGGUCAACAGGAUAAGUCUUGCAUUCAAGACAAAAUGGGACGACUCAGCCCUGUUCUACGCAUCCGGAGAAAUCGAUGGAACCCCCCAUUACGUAGCAGCCUCCAUAAUGAAUGGAUCUGUCCACGUAGAAUUAGAUUUUGGACACAACUCGAAAAUAGCCACUGUUCUCGGUGAUUACGUGACUUCGAACCAUUGGAACAAUUUAACAAUAUUUCAUAAUGGAUCUCUGGUUUUUGUGAGCUUGGACGACGAGAUAAAGGUGUUGGAGGUUCCUGGAGAGAAUUAUAAUAUGAUUAUUGAUCCGGAGAUUUAUAUUGGGGGAGGACCGGAGCUGCACAAGAAGAAGGGACUUCUUUCGUAUAAUAACUUUGCAGGUUCCUUAAAGUAUGUUUUCUUUAACGACAAAUCAAUCAUCUACGAACUGAAGAGAUCCAACCCCAUGGUGCACUACAUAGGGGUGCUAGAACCAGAGUACUACGAAGCGGACGUUGAUGUGAUUCCUAUAACAUACCCGUUUGCUGGCAGCCACAUAUGGUGGCCUAUAGCUCGGACCGACUCUCUCAAAUUGAAUUUCGAUUUCAAAAGCUCGAAACCUGUAGCUGUGGUUGCGUCGGGAGACGUGAAGAGCAAUCAUGGACUUGGGUAUUGGGAGCUACGUCUAGUGAACGACGAGAUCCGAUUUCAACUGAUUCCCAUAUUAACCGAGAACGUCACCGUCUCAGCAGCCGUGAAAUUCCCGUACAACACGUCUUGGCACGCAGUCGAAUUGAAUUACACGAAGGGCGAGUUGAGCAUCCUCGUCGAUUACAGGAACAAACAGAGCAAACUGUUCUCCAUGACGUUCGAGUUAGGUGACAAAGUCAUCAUCGGAAGUGGCAAAAGCAACGCGGGUUUGGUUGGAUGCAUGAGAGAGAUACAAGUGAACGACGAGAGGAUAGAGCCCAGAUACGUGGUCAACACCGAGAGAGUGAUCGGAGAAGUGGCUUUGGACAACUGCCAGUUCGUUGAUCCUUGUACUAGGCCGAACACGUGCGAACAUGGGGGGAAAUGCUCGGUGAAGGAGGACAGAAUCACUUGCGAUUGUACUGAUACUGGUUAUAUUGGCAAGAAUUGUCACUUUGCUCAAUACAGGAAGACAUGUGAGGAGCUAGCACUGUUAGGAUACACCCAAGACGACGUCUACAAAAUCGAUAUUGACGGGAACGGAAGAUUUCCACCAGCUCUAGUGAAAUGCGAGUUCCAGUCCAUUGAAGACUCCACCAAAACUAUAGUGGAGCAUAAUUUGCCGUCUCAAGUAGACGUCAGAUCUAUAGCAGAGUCUGAUUUUUCAUUCAACAUCAAGUAUAGACAGUUUACGGCUGAGAUGCUGCAGGAGCUGAUCUCACACUCGUUGUAUUGUAGCCAGUAUGUCAAGUAUGAUUGCUAUAAGGCACCUUUGGAACUGCAUAGUGCUACGUGGUUUCUUAGCUCGAAAGGGACUACUGUGGAUUAUAUUGGAAAUGUUAAUAGAGGAUCCUGUCCUUGUGGAAUGAACAGAACAUGUGUUGAUCCAAACCUAAGCUGCAACUGUGACGUCUCCGCCGGAAAUGCUGGCAAGUGGUUAUCCGACGAAGGUUACUACGAAACUCCAGACUCCCUAGGAAUUACAGGAAUGGUCUUCUUGCAACAAAGAGACCUUGAAGAGGAUGCACAGGGCAGAAUUACCUUGGGUCCGCUAGAAUGUGUCGAAACAAAUACCCAGAAGUAUGUGGUGACAUUCACAACAUCACAGUCCUACAUCGAAGUACCAGGCUGGAGAAAAGGAGACAUUGCAUUCAGCUUUCGAACAACAGGAGAGAAAGCAAUCUUGCUGUAUCAACCACCUAUCAGAAGCAACUAUCCUUCCUUUAUGGUUGCUCUAACUUCUGAGUACCGUUUGACGUUUAAUUUUACCUUGAACACUGGUACCAUCAGGGAACUGGAAGUGAAGAGUAGAAGAAAGUUGAAUAAUGGAGAGUGGCAGAAGAUUUGGAUCGAUUAUAAUGACUAUCAUGUUAGAUUCAUGAUUAAUACAGACUUUCAGAUGGUGGAUUUGUUACCGGAAGAGGAAUUUGGUCCUUUUGAGGGGUCUAUGUUCAUUGGAGGCGCUACUGCAGAGCAUCUAAGAACAUCCUCAGUUCGCCAAGGACUCAUAGGCUGCUUCCGGGGCCUCGUCGUAAACGGCGAGAUACUGGACAUCCACAGCUACAUGUCCGUCCACCUAUCUGAGAUAAUAAAAGAUUGCAAACCUUCAUGUCAGCCAAACAAAUGUCAAAAUGGCGCCAGGUGCGUGGAACUGUGGAGCAACUUCGAGUGCGUCUGCGAGAACCGGUGGGCUCAUCUUGGCACUUAUUGCGAAAGAAAUAUAAACAACAAGGCACUGACGUUCACCUCGCCAGGUGCAUUCUUGAAGAAGAAUUAUUUUGGUACUGAUGAAGAGGACCAAGAGAAGUUAUUGCUGAAGAGGAUACUUCUACAGAAUAUACUGAUCAACCUCAGAACUUAUGACACUCAUUCGCUGAUCUUGUAUGCUAAUGAUCAUUUGAACAACUUUGCUCAUCUUUAUAUUUCCAAUGGCACUAGUAUCGUUUACUUGUUCAAUGCUGGGAAUGAGAUUAAGAAUAUCACUGUUGAGUAUCCAGGUGUGAAUACAGGAAUAUCAGUGCAAAUCGCCAUCAUCCGCACAGAGAAGUCCACAACGCUCCACGUGAACGAGUACAACCUCACUCUCAACGCCACACCAGUCUUACUAGACACGUACUCGAACAAGCCUUGGAUAAACCCAGAGAAGGAGGUGCUAGCACCGCAGAGGCCACCCGCACCACCCACCAACUACUUCCAGGUGAAUCUAGGAGGCUUCGACCCGGACGAUCUUCUGAGGGUGGGCAAGGAGGGCGCCCUUAUACAGGGCUACGUGGGUUGCUUGCGUGGUCUGAUGAUCGGGGAGUAUCUCGUCGAUCUACCGAGUCUUGCUAACGAGGCCAACCACGAGGGCAGCAAAGGAGUGCUGCCUAAUUGCCAGAUGAAGUGCGAUGCUAUGCCUUGCAAGAAUCUGGGGAUCUGCACGGAGGACUUUGGGAGGCAGGAGUCGUCGUGCAAUUGUGAGCUGACGUCGUAUUUUGGGGAACAUUGUGCUGAUGAAAAGGGAGCAGACUUCAGCGGAGAGAGUGUCUUACAACGCGAAUUUGACUUAGUGGGUGAAGUGAGUCAAGUCAAAGUUCAACUAGCAUUUUCCACCAAUGAACUCCGACAACGCACGACAGCGCUCUUACUCUUGCAAACAGAGAACAAAAGAAGCUACUACUUGCUGGUCGCCUUAACGUCUGAAGGGCAGUUGAUUUUCGAGGAGGACAGAGAAGGAUCGGCUUAUGGUGUGCGUCUUAAUGAUAGGAACUUUCUCAAUGGUGCUCGGCAUAGUGUGUAUUAUGUUCGGGAUAACAACACUGCUACAUUGUUGAUCGAUCGAGAGCCCGUGCAGCUAUUACCCAUCCCCGUCCUAAACCUAGGAGACGACGAAGACGAAAGUCCCGGAGUAACCGAGAUCCAACUAGGCGGUCUGAACACAACGGACUCGAGAUUCAGCGCGUACAAAGGAUACACCGGAUGUCUGAGCAACGUCGUGGUAUCGAUCAACGGGGGACCUGGCAUGAAGCCACUCGAGGAAUAUAUGCUCUUUACGAAACAGGGCAGCGAAACUGUCCGAGCCACGAUACCUGCUGGGGUCAGGAGCGCACAGUGCGCCGUCUUCCACGCUCAACCACGUGGCCUCGACCCACCUAGAAACGAUAGUGUGGGUCGUGACAGAGCAUGGGUGGAGGACCCACCCGAAAGAAUUCUGUACAAAUCCCAAUACUCGGACGCGACCCAAGAAGAACAAGGUGCCGGUACUUACAUCUUCAUCGCCUUAUGCUGCGUCUUCGUGACCGCAGUAAUCGGUUGCAUUUACGAAGUCUGGAGAAGUGCAAGAAAAGAUCGACGACGUAGACGAGCAGCAAACGUUAGUGGUUCGACCACUGUGACACCUUCCGGUUCGCAAAGAUGGCAAGCGCCACAGUAUACUGACACGAUAGCCAGCGGUGUGAAGACAGUGGGUUUCAAGAACGUGGAAGACGAGAAAAGACCUAAUGGCACACACGUGAAACCCAUUGGCAAGGAAUAUAAACCGCUGACCAACGCGGAGAAUAAAGACUUGGUUAACGAUAAAAGGGUUCAUAUAAAAGCAGAUGAAGAACCAGAGAAGAAGGAGCUCCUAGGGGUAAAUACAGGCAUCAUCACUAAACCUCCGAAACCAAAUCCAUUCUCAAUGGAAGAUUUGCAAGAAGAACCAGAACUGGAGGAAUGCGAAGAAGAAGAGGAAGAAGAAGAAGACGACGAUUCUAAAAAAGAGAAUCAAAACGAAGAAGAAUCAGAUCAAUCGAAAACGGAGCUAAUCGACGACAAAGAUUUCGCGAAAUCGGCGAAUGCUCGUAAUGGAAUUGAACAACGUUGGACGAUACACGAUUUGUCUUCAGAUUCCACAAGGCCUCUAGUUGUCAAUCUACAGCCCAUCUAUCUCUCGGACGACCGAAGAGCAUUUGGAAAUCCACUGAAUUAUCUCGGUGGCCGAAAAUUCCAACCAAAUAGAAAUUCCAUCGAAUCCAUAUUAUCCUUGGAUUAAUUAUGUCAGGAAUGAAAAAACUGGUCACUGAAAUAUCUCUCUUCUUAUCUCUUAUUUCAACGACCAUAUCUUGUACCACUUAAGCACUGGAACCAAAUGAAAUAAUUAUAAUAAUCGUAAUACUGGGAUUUGCAUUCCCAUGCAGUGAUAAAUAGAAAUACAUGAAAAAUAUGAUAUAUUUAUAUAUAGUUUAGUAUCUUCCUAAUAACAAGUUAACGAGAGUUGAUAAUUAUUUUCUAUUUCGAAU